AAACUGUUGGAACGAACGGACCCAGGCCAAAUUAGUCCAAGGCGGAACGAACGAACCUCGAUUAUUUUGGGAACCAGUUUACAAGAAAGAAAAGAUGGCUGAGAGAAAGUCACAGAACAAGUAUUAUCCUCCAGACUGGGACCCCAGUAAAGGCUCGGUCAACAAGCAUGUCGGUCAACAUCCUCUACGGGACCGAGCCAAGAAAAUCGCUCAGGGUAUUCUUGUCAUUAGAUUUGAAAUGCCCUACAAUAUCUGGUGCGGUGGUUGCAACAGCCAUAUUGGAAUGGGAGUUCGAUACAAUGCAGAGAAGAAAAAAGUGGGGAAGUACUACACCACUCCGAUUUGGCAGUUCAGGAUGAAGUGUCAUUUAUGUGAUAAUUAUUUUGAAAUCCAAACAGAUCCGCAGCACCAUGACUAUGUGAUUACUAGUGGAGCUAGAAGGAAGGAACAAAGGUGGGACCCCAAAGAUAAUGAACAGAUUGCUACAGAGGAUAAAGCAGUCAUAAAGAAGAUGGCAAGCGAUGCCAUGUUUAAAUUGGAGCACACAAGCGAUGAUGUGAAGAAAGCUGCCAGCGUUCAGAUGAGCGUUGGUCAGCUAGAGAACAGGCGGAGUGAACACCGGGAUGAUUACAUUCUGAACAAGCUAGCCAGAAGUAAAUUCAGGGAAGAAAAGAAAGCUCUUAAGAAAACCGAGAGUGAAGAUAAAGAUCUACUGCAGAGAGCGUCUCUCGAUAUAACUCUUCUUCCCGAAGCGGAGGAGGACGCCAGACUUGCAUCCCUCCUUAAAUACAAGUCAACAGAAACAUAUGAUGAGAAACAAGCACAACGGAGGAAGGAGAUUGAAUCGCAGCCAAUUUUCAAGACAUCUAAGUCGCCGGUGUCGUCCAAAACAGGAAGCGAAGCUAUAAAGCUGGCGUCUGUCAAUAACAAGCAUUCGGCCUUCAGCAACGAGGCCAUAACUUACAGAACACUGAGAGAGAGUCAGAAACUGCUGGGAAUACGACAGAGAAAUAAAAAGAACAAUGCCAACAGGGAGAAAACAGCCAUGUCACGUAGGGCGGAGGAGACGUGUAACGGGUAUGAUUGUGGGGAGAGGCUGGUCGAUAGUGAGAGUAUUAAGACAAACCCUGAAGAUUCAGGCUGUGAACGGGGCAUGGACAAUGUAGGUGCACAGACCUCGACGUCAGGCGGCAUGUCUGGUCUCAAUCUGGUCAACAUUUACGAAGACAGUGACUCAGAAUCUGAUACGAAUGUGACUUAAAAGUGUGAGGUCGUUCAUUGUUAUGUUUAUUAGAUUAAUGAUUACAGCAGUGAUUAAAGCACCAUGAAAUGCCAAAAAAA